AUGUUGAAAAGAAGUGAAAUAAACUAUCAGACUGACGGAGCACAAAUGGAGUCGUCGGCUCUCUCCAAGAGUUCAAGCCCGCAAUUCCGAUUGUGUCCCGUGAAGUCAGAAAUUUUCAGUAUUAUGUAUAUAUAGUUUUUUUUUUCUGUGAAAUCCAAAUUUGUCAAGUUGUUCAUUUAUUCCCUUUUGGACACUACAUUGAAGACUCUUUGAAAUCAUACAAGGUUUUUUUUUAAUUCAGAGGUAAAAUAUACACAGCUUCAUUGAUUUAAAAAAAAUGUUUCAAACUUGAUAUAAAAACUUCUCCUUCGCAUCAUCUUCUUCUUCUUUCGAAAUCCAGUUUUAAUUUCCCGCUCUUUCAAAUUCCAAAAUAACUCCGCCUUUCUUUGAAAGAGGAGGUAAGUGCGCCCCACCGUAAUGGCAUCCUGCCAAAUGGGAAAACAAGAAAUACACACUUUUUUCUUGCAUUUCAACUAACUAUGAGUAAUGCCCUCAGAACAAAAUGCGAAUUUAUAUACUGAAUGAUAAGCUUUAUCAUGGUGUCAUCUUGUUAAUGAUUUUAGCUCAAACGGCUUCGUUUGAGCUAAAAUGUCAGACGAGUCGACACAUUUAGUUCAUUUUCCGGUUUCUAUCGUUCGCUCAUACCAUUUACGCUGCAAAACUGUUUUUUCAACCUCUUAUUACGUAAUUUGUGAUUUAAGAUUUUCAGUAUUGUUGCAAAUGACCAUACCGUCAUGUCAGACGAAUCCUCGUUGAAAAUUUUCAACCGACGCCAGUCUUCUCUGGACUCGGAAAAUUCUCGUGAUGUGUUCGAUCAGCCAGAUAUUGAAUCAGGUGCAUUUUUAAUUUGUAUAACUGUUUUUCAUUCCGAGUCUGAUUUUUAGUUUAAAAUGCAUGGGAGACUAUUUUCUCGUAGUUUGUAGAGAAAGUUGGAUUUCACAGAAAAAAAGCUUUAAGAGGCAUGAUGAUUUGAGCUCAAAGGUCAAAGGGGAGUCGAAUGAAUUCUAAUUCCUAUCAACUUAGGAGUUUUUUUGUGAUUUGCGUUUUUCAGACAAGGGGGAUGUGACGUCACGACCUGAGAGCAGCGCCUCGACGAGCAACGGCUCGGCUCCGAGGCCUCGGAGCCGCGACGAAUUCGGAGAAGACGGAGCUCCGCUGCUCAACGUUCACAUCCCGACGCAGACCAAGAAGGCUCAAAAAAGGAAGCAUAUAAGGUAUGGAAACCGUACAUAGACUUGGUACGUGAUUUUCACUUGAAAUUCUAUUUUUUUUUAAAUAUGUAACUGAUUUUGCUUGUGGCGGUCUCUAAUCAGUUUCCAGCAACUUCUGAUAACUAGAAAGUUGAGAAGCUCCUGAUUAAAGCAAAAAUAGCUGCUCUGUUCAAAAUCUUUGUGAAGUUGGGACAUGUAUCUUGAAUAGGAGUUUUAAUAGGAUAUGUUUUUCGAACUGAUUUUCAAUUUAAUUUCUGAUGAAUGCCUAAUUAUCUCUGACUCUCCAAAAUUUAAUUAUGUUUAUCACUCUCUGACGAUCAUUAUAUGUGUCGCGGAGUCCCUAUCAACACGGCAGGACUUUCGAAACCGUUAAUAUCGAGUUAUUUUUAUUAAAUUUAUAUAUAAUCUUUUUUCUUUUUAAAGAAUACAUUCGGAAAGGAAGAUGAGAACCUGAAACAAGAGCCGAAAAAAAUAUUUGUAAUCGAAACGUUGAGAAAAAAAAUAAUUCUCAACCUGGUGUCAUUAAGAUCAAGAUAACAUAAUUCUUUGUUAUCAGAAACAGAGAGCAAUGAAAUUUUUCUUCAGGACUUCCUUUGAUGAUGAGACUUUGGAUCAAAGCGCUCAGGAAGCCCAACGGAGGGAGAAAGAACGAUUGGAAAGAUUGGAAAAGAGUCGACAGGUUUUUUUUGACAUUUUUUUGUUCUUACAGAAUGAGAUAGAACGGGAAAAAUGAAUCUUUGAGUUUAUGUUUCGAUUCCAGAACAAUGCGAGCGACCACAUCUCGCAGAUGCAGGCUCUCUUCCAGAACACGAACCCCUUGCCGCAGCUCACCCUGGACAGUUCCGACUUUGAACCUGAACUUUUCGGGGUAUCCAAAUACUCUAUUUUUCAUUUUAAAAAAAUGAUUACGCUGAAAAAAAGUGAUACGACUAGAGGGCGUAUUUUUUCGUAUUGAUUUUAAUUUCAUAAAUCAGCUAUAAAUUCUAAUUCAUUAAAAAUAAAUGGAAUAAAAAGCAAAAAGGUUUCUGAAAAAAAUUCGCUUAUGUCGUAGCACAGAAGAGACCAAAAUAAUCCUAUAAAACAAGAAGGAAUCUCAAAAAUCAGCAGAAAAUGUUUUCUUGAGUUCCAGUUUUCUACUCUAUGAAAAUAUUUUUUUGUUAAAGCUCAUAAGGAUUCCUCGAAUUUUCAGUAUCAGAAUGGUCAGCCGCUGCCGACCAACUACGACAAUGACAUUAUCGAGUUGAAGCAUAUGGGCGGCGGUUUUCCGGGUCCUUCCAAUGCGAAUUCUUCCGCUUCGAAAGCUCCUCCCGAGGUGAUUCAGUCGAUUUUUCAUCAAUUGAUCGAGAAAAAAAAGAAUUAGGCAUGUCAGGAUAAUAUUUUCUGCCUCAAAUUUCAAAAGAAAGAGUGUGUCUUCAAAGUUUUAUUCAAGAUCAUCGACUUGUCCAGUGACGAAGAAGAAGAGUUUCCCAGACGAAUCGUUCCAAGAAUCACUUAUUCUUCGAAUAAUAGCAUCGCUAGCGGCUAUGGUUCGUUUUGAAACUUCCAGUUAUUGUCAAGAAAGUUGUUUUUCAGGCCGAAGAAAUCGUUGGGCGACUGCCGAAAAAGACCGAGUAAGUUUGAGGAUCGAAAAAAAAUACUAAAAAAAAAUUUGGAUAUAUAAAAAAUACUGCAGAAUAUUUUUCUUUUACACCGAGAAGUCUUCAGAAAAGACUUCCAGGGAUGCCCAGAAAAAAAGAUCUUCUUUGUUGGCAAAAAAAUGCUGGGAAUAAAAGAGGAUUUUCGUUUUCAUUCAUUCCAGUAGAGUUUCGGAUUUUAGGCGGAUAAUGAGCAGAUGGAAGCUCAGUACAAAAAAGAACAGGCGCGAAUUCAAAGGAUGCGACAGUUUCACAACAUUGAGAGCACUGAAACGACCACUUCUGGACGGCUACUCGUUAAUUCGGGUGCUUUUCAUUUUAUAUUUGUACGCAAAAAAGCGAAAAAUGUAAUGAAUUUGAGUAAAUUAGAGAAUUGUCUUGUUUGGGAGGCGAUAACUUAAAAAGAAAUGCGUUUUUCAUAGUUUUAUGUGACUUUAUUCAAAGUGGAGAAACCUUUUUUUCCGAGUCUUCAAUUGGAAAGACGAGGAAGAGCAAUACCAAAAAUUCUAAAAAAUGGUUUUUUCGACAGGUUUCUGAUUGAAGAAGCAGUUUUAUUGAUACAAUUUUUUUUUCUGAUUUGAAAAUUCACUUUUUUCAAGCCUUGAAAAGAAUGAUCUUUCUGCAGGUCAUCCAUCCGAAGAGCCCGAUUUUUACGUCGCUCCCCACCUGACCCAUGUUCUGCAGCCACAUCAACUUGGCGGCGUCCGAUUCAUGUGCGUAAAAAAAUUUAAAAAAAUAUUCCAAUUUUUCAUAAAUAUUAAAGAUUCGAACGGAAUAAAUCAAAAUUUUUUUCCAGGUUUGACAACAUUGUCGAGUCCCUCGAAGAGUAUAGAUCGUCUCCUGGGUUCGGUUGUAUUUUGGCGCAUUCGAUGGGGUUGGGGAAAACUAUUCAGGUUUUCUGCUUGCUUAGAUAGUUUCACCUUCUAUGAUUUCUACAGGUCAUCACCUUCACCGAUGUGUUCCUUCGAGCGACCCAGGCGAAAAAGGUUCUGAUUAUCGUGCCAAUAAACACGAUCCAGAACUGGAACGCCGAGUUCGACAAAUGGAUGCCGAGGUUGGUUUUUAAACAGUUUUCAGUUUAAUAUUGAUUUUUGAGAAAAAAAAGUUUUAGUCAACGCUGCUAGAAAUUUUCUAUUUCUGAAAAAACGUUUAAAAAGUCUGUUCCUGCUUUUUCAAAAGUAUGAGAAUAAGAUCUUGAUUUUUUUUUUUUUGAAUGGUUCAAGUCUCGAAAUAGAGAAAUAGUACAUUCAAAAAAAUAAUUUUCGAAAAUCCUUACAUUAUAUUCGUAAUAAAAAUUUCUUUUUAUUCUCGGUUUUUUUGGUAGGGAGUAUUCUCAACGAAGUAUAAUAAAACCUUAUAUAAUAACUUUAAAAUAUCAUCAUUUAUCACCCACUUGCAGGUUUUCAACAUCGGGGGAAGCGAUACGAUCUUUCGAAGUGUUUUUGUUUGGAGAUUCCGUCAAAUCUUUCGAUCAACGUGUCAAUCUCAUCGGUUUCGUCAUCAACUUCGACUAGAAAAACACUCGGACGUUUUUCAGAACAAUGGGAAACGAAAGGCGGCGUCCUGUUGAUCGGAUACGACAUGUUCCGGUUGUUGAUCAGGAACACGCAGCCGAAAAAGAAGAAGGAUCGGAUAAAGCUGAACAUGAACGGGGUGUCAAACGGCGGCAAGGAGGCCGACGAUUUCAUUGAGGAGGCUGAAGUUGGAUACACGCCAAGCGGUCGUGUCAAACAAGAGGCUCAUCAAUGUAAGCACCUCUCUCGAAAAGUUACUUUGGUUAAAGAACUGCAAAAAGGCUUAUCCGCCAUACCUAGUUGAGAAAUUCUGACCUCUGCGUAUCUUUUUUUCUCACUGUCGAUGUCUGAAACUUGGAAAUAGCGCGUACAUGUGAGAGCUUCGUUGGAAGCACAGAGAAUGCAGAGUGCUCCAAACAUUUGAAAAGUGAGGCAAUAAGUAAAAAAAUCUUUUAAAAGGCUUUCUUCUUUCAUUAGGACCACUGUAAAUGCAUUUUUUUUUUCUUCGCAUUCUAAAUUUGUAACGCCUUGCUUCCACAAAUCCUUUUCAUUGAUCUGGAGGGAAAAAUCUUGGAGUCAGUUCCUAGUGACUGAAGUUGAAAUGAUUUGAAAUCGUCGAUUUCUCUGUUCCUUUACAGUGAUUCGCCAAGCUCUGCUGGACCCCGGACCAAAUUUGGUUAUUUGUGAUGAAGGACAUAAGAUCAAAAACCUGAACACGGAUAUCGCCACCUCACUGAGUUCCAUCAAAUCGAGGUCUCAUCAUAAGAAUGAAAAAUCAUCCGUUACUGAAUUAUUCUCCAGAAGACGCGUCGUUUUGACCGGCUACCCACUGCAGAACAACCUGAUGGAAUAUUACUGUAUGGUGGAUUUCGUGCGGCCGAAAUAUCUUGGCGAGAAGAAAACUUUCGCCGAUCGCUUCGAAAGGCCAAUCAAGAACGGCCAAUGCGUUGAUUCGACUCCCAGUGAGUCUUUUGUGAAAUGGAUUUUUUUGUUUAGCUAUACUUUAAAAUAAAUUAGUUCAUACAUUAUUUGUACGUGUGUAAUAUUGAUUUUCCUAAUGAUAGUUUUCAGUUUUGGUAGACCGUACUGAUUAUUUUCAUAAUUUUAAAACAAUUGGUUAGUUAUAUUUUUAAUUUUUAGUGCUGAUUCUUUUUGUGUUGUGCUAUUUUUCCUUUUUAUGGGUAACCGAUGAUCGUGCCGAGAUUAUGUUCUUCGAGUUUCAUACUUUCAUUUUGAAAAAAAAUUGCUUUAGUUAUUUUCAAUAAGUUGAAUUUUACCGAAAUAUCACGCUUAAAGAACAAAGUUCGAAAAAUCACUAAAUGAAGUUCAAAAAAAAGAACAAACGAAAAAGUUUUGAUUAUAGUUUUUAUAUGUACACAUCACGUGCUCAUUCCGCUAAACACAAAAAAAAUAAUGCAUUCUUAACUUUUUUUUUACUUUUCGACUCAUAAUCUUCAAUAAAUGGUCCCUUUUUUUAGUCCUCAGAGAAUUUCAUGAAAUCAGUGACUACCGCAAAAACUCUAGAAUUUCGAAACUAAAUUGAUUUUUUUUAUAGACGGAGAUAAAUAAUAGUAUUUCUUAUUUUUUCAGAUGAUAUCAAGUUGGCGCGGCAGCGAACUCAUGUACUCGUUGAGAUGUUGAAGGGUUUUGUUCAAAGGUUUGGGAUAUUUUCAGAGUUUUUUUAGUAGGGAACAGGGCUUUUGGUAAUCGUGAUAGAGUUUUGUUGUGAACGAUAUUGAAUUUCACUGACUAGGGACCGUUUUUUCAGCCCCUUGCAAUAGAUCUUGGUUUCGAUUUAUGAAGCUUAAAAAGUGUGCAAAAAUUGCGAUUUUUUUUUUUAGAAGAACGCACAUAUUGCUGAAAUCAAUCCUGCCUCCAAGCAAAGAAUAUGUCGUUCUACUACGCAAAAGUAAUAUUCAGCGGCUGUUGUACAGGUUUUUGUUUUAUUUUAUUUUUUUGAAUAUCCUUAUCUUAGUUUUUUUUAAGUCAUUGAAAAAUUCUAUUUUCAUUCUCUAUUUUUCUUUUUUUGAUUCGUUUUCAGAUAGAUUCAAAUAUUUAAUCCUUGAAAGAACUUUUGUGGAUUUCAGAAGCUUCGUCCUCUACGCCAAGGCUGAACUAAGUGCCGGCAACACGGGCAACGUUUUCAAUCCUUUAAAGGCUUUCGCCGCGUGCUCUAGGGUUAUUUUCAUGUUUUUUCUUCUCAAUUCAUUUUUUUUUUCUGCAGAUAUGGAACCAUCCGGACAUUUUGAAGAGUAUGCUGGACCGAAGAAAAGAGGAACGGAACAAGCGGAAUGAGCAAAUGGUUCGCUUUUUUCUCAAGAGUGCUUCUUAAAAUUGAAAACUAAAAAAAUGAAUGAUUUGAAAACAGAAAAGUUAGUAACUAUUUAAAUAUUAAACCUUUUGAAAUCUCGAGUUUAAGAGCUCUUUCCACUAAAUUCCCGAUUUCCGGAUGCUCGUGGCCAAAGAAAAAUGGACUAUUCGAAGCUCUGAAAAUGUUCCGCAGUCUUGAGAAAAAUAUGAAAAUUAGGACAGCUUGAUUUUUAUGAAAUUUAAAAAAACUUUAUUAUUUUUCUUCAUUGCUCAAUUUUUUGCACUUUGAAAAUUCAAGCUUCUGCCAAUAUCUUUCAAGCAUCUGUUGAAAGAAUUUCAGAAGGUAGAUAAUAGGGAAAAAAAAAUUCUUUCGGGUUCGCAGAACGAUUUAGAUUGAAGUUUCGCUUUUAGUGCAAAAUUUACCGUUAAAGUAAACGCAAAAGGACAAAACGUUUUUUUACAUAUAGAUAAUUCUGAUGACUCAUCCGACUUCAUUUAUCGUUAAAUCAAUGUUUUCUUUAAGAAUCAACAGUCCAACGUCGAUCAACAACAACAACAGCCUCAAAACGUCUAUCCGAACAAUCAGUUUGGAAAUGGCGGCGGUUUCAAUCAGCCCUACCAGAACAUGCCUCUUUUCGGCUUUCCCAACCAGUUUGGCCAACAAAAUCCGACAGGUUUCAACGGCUUCAACGGCCAUUGGGGCUCAUCUCCUGGAUCUUCUGGACAGUACUACGGCGCCGGAAAGUUAGUUUUUCCAGAAAAAAACAGUUUAUUUGUAGCUGUUAUAGUGAAAAAAAAACUGUGUUGGCUAAAAAGUUAUGAAACAGUUUGUAAAGCAAAAACUCUUCAGGGGAAAUGAAUAGGUUACUGUUAAAAGUGGAGGAAAAACAAUUUUUUAGGUUUUUUACUUCAAUUGCAAACAUAUGGUUUCAUUUUCUGAUUCAAAAUCGUCUAUUAAAGAAAAGUUUUAAAUAAAAAAAAGGCUCAAGGAAUAGCGAUUUUAUCCCAAUUUUUAUAUUCGCUGUUAAUCAAGGGGUCUUUUGUUUCAAUAGUUUUAAUUUCAGUGGAUUUUUCUCCAGUUAAAUGGAAAAUAACCAAAAAAUUUAGGCGGAAAUUAAUGAAACAAUCAUUUUUCGAUACAAUUUUCUUCUCGAAAAAAAUCAAAUUUCGGCGGUUCAGAAACGGCUCUGAAGAUCCUUUUGCGGCGGGAACUCCGACGAAAUCUAAAAGAAAAACAGGAAAAACGACUACGGGACGACUAACUUUGGCCAGUGCGCUUGUCGACGACGCCGACGCUGAUGAUCAGACGCUCAAAUAUGAUUGGGUCAGGGAAAUUGUCAUAAACUGGAAUAAUGAUUCUUCACACUGGACGAGAAUGCUUCCCAGAUUUAUUGAAAAACAGAGCUUAAAAUUUUUUUUCCAAGUUUUUCCCCAAAUUCAAAUUUUUUAAAAAUAUUCUUCGGAUUUCUUAUGAAAUGGGAAUGUGAAAUGUUUAGGCAGAGCAAUCAAUGAUGCACUACCAAAAAGGAGACGUCGAAAACGGGUACAAAUUGGCGAUCGCCCUCGGCAUUGUCGACGAAUGUGUGCGGAUCGGCGAUAAAAUGCUCAUUUUCAGGUUUUUAUCGAGAUUUCUCGCUUUCUUCUUCAUUUAUGAAGUUUUCAGCCAAAAUCUGACGGUUUUAUCCAUAUUGGAAGAAUAUUUGGAGCGCCGGCCGCUGACCAACGUCAAUGGAAACCAGGAACGAUGGGUCAAAAAUAGGAACUAUUUUCGUUCGUUUUUUUUUCUUUUUUGCUCCUUCAAUUCAAACCAUUUUUUAAUGUUCUAGUUCGGAAAGGCAGUUUUCAGGAUUUGAUGGUUCGACAAACGGAUCGGAACGAGAAAAGCUGAUCAACCGAUUCAAUAGCGAUAAUUCUGUGUAUUUAUUCUUGAUUUCGACUAGAGCUGGAUCUUUGGGUAUUAAUCUGGUGGGUUUUUUUGAAAAUUUCAAGUUUUGAAAAACGUUUAAUUAUUUUUUUAUAAUGGAAAAAGUUUUUUUGUAACUCAACUCGCUGAGAAUUAAAAUGCCUUUGGAAUGACUCAUAGCUGCGAAGCAGAUUUUUAAAGGUGCGCCCGACUCCAAACUGUUUGCGCAGAGAUGCCUUUUUAAAAAAAGCAGAGAUCAUAUUUGAGCGCGACCUUUUGAGCCAUUCCACCUGCGAGCAAUGCGAUUCAAGUUAAGAGUAAUUUAAUUUUGACUGAAAAUCAAGAAUAUUAAGUGAUUUUCAUUUGGAAAGCGCAAACCUGUGGAGCAAACCAGAAUUGCCCCGAAAGUUUCUGAGCAUUCCAUUUCAUCACUCAAAGGGCUGAUGCCGCUGAAAAAUGCACUAGAAAUGCUCAGAAUUAUCCGCGACGCGUCCGGUUGGCGCUACCGAAGAGAAAUCUCUUAAAUUCAAUUUUUUUUAAACAAUUAGUCCCGAUUGCCUUUUGCUUAAACGAUAAUUUUUUGAUUUUUUUUUUCUCAUUUCAUUUCGAACGUUUCAAGAAGGUGUUGAUUUGUAUCAAUUGUGAUAGUCUGGUUCAGCCAACCUAUUUUUUCUGACCACACUUUUUUUCCAAAAUUUUUUAUGAAGUUCCCUUUUUAGGUGUCCGCCAAUCGAUGUAUCAUUUUUGACGCUUGUUGGAAUCCGUGUCAUGAUGCCCAGGCUGUUUGUAGAGUUUAUCGGUUUUCGAGAUUUGGACUAUGUAAGGAAAAAAAGAUACUUUCAGAUACGGUCAGCAGCGUAGAACAUUCAUCUACCGCCUCAUUAUGGAUAACAGCAUGGAGCGGGCGAUUUUCAACCGGCAAGUCAGCAAACAGGGACUUCAGCGUGAGUUUUGAUGAGGUCCAUUCGGAUAGUUGGAAAAUGGCUUUCCUCUUGGAGAUUUUACAUGUGCCAAUUUUUUCAAUAUAGGCCGUUUUCCACGUUUUUAAAGUACAGGACUUCUCUGCGCCCUCCUAGUUCUCAUCUUGACUUGCUAUUUUCUUGUCUCUGUCUUUAUCGUUGAGAGAAGUAAAUCCUCGAAAACUGUCUAGUUGCGGCGGACGGACUAUGAGCACUGGGAAAGAUUCAGAACUUCCUAUAAGAAGAUCUGAAAAUAGCAACCAAUUGACCCCUUUUUUGAUGAAUAACAUAAAUCAAUUCAGUUCAAAUCUGAAAUCUUCAGAACGGGUCGUUGACGACGCCCAGGUCGACACCAACAUCACUCAAAAUGAACUCGAAACUCUACUCGUUUAUGAUGUAAUUAGAGUAUUCUCUUAAAUUUUCACAACCGUUUCUUUCUCCAGGAACACCUGGACGUCGUUCACGACAAAUGGAACACCUCGGAGUGGGAACUUGAAGAUGAAGUUUUGAAAAAGGUGGCCGCCAGAUACAGUCAUAUGUUUGCUCAGGUAAAAUAUAGAAAAGAAAUAGUUUUAUCAAUCAUUUAUAGGAGCCAUUCCUACACGAAUCCAUGAUGAUGGAAAGGGAGGAAGGCCUAAGUGAAGAAGAGAAAAAAGAGGCCCAGUUGCUUUUCGAGAAAGAACGACGGAUGGAGGUAACUAGGAUUAAAAUAAUGUAUUUCAAGAAAAUAGAAAAAUGGAAUUUUCCAAGUUCUUUGAAUCUAUGUUAAGAAAAUGCAGCAAAAAACGACCGAAAGCUUAAUAUUUGAGAAUUUUUUUUCAAAAACUUUUGGAAAAAGCCUGUAUAAUUGCAUUUUACUUUUUCUAUGCUUUUUUCAAAAGCUUUGGUCGCACUUGGAAUGGCUAAAAGCGUCUCGGUUGGAAUGAAAUAGAAGACCCGAUUCUCAACAGCUACCUCUAUUUUCUAUAAUGCAAUUCUUUUUUUCCUUAUAUAUAAAGAUAAAAAAAAUAAAAAGAAAAUUUCCAUCAUCAAAUAGUUUUUGUAUGUUCCAGUCGAGCAGCAUCUUCGAAAGUUCGAGCAAUAACUCAAUUUUGGACGCGGCUAGUCGAAGAGCAAACUCAAGUUUUGGUGCGCCGAACAAUUUCAACUUCAAUCCAUUCGACUUCUUUAAGUUUGGAUAUUCUAUGGUUCAGUUAGAAAAGGACGUUUCUUUCCAGCAAUCCGCCGCCGAUGAAGGCGACGCCGAUACCCGGAACCUUGCACAUGUUGCCGCCGGACUUUGCCAAUUACGGCGGGGCGACAAUGAUGAACGCCCAGAAUCCGAACGGAGGGAUGAAUAUGAGUUCGUUUUGAAACAAUAUAUCAAAAAAACAGAAGGACUGUAGAACUGGAACAAUUUCGAUUUUCAGUGAAAGAUCCGUCCUCGUUCCCCGGCGCUGAGUUUUCCCUUCCUGCCACAAUCAACGAAAGCGGAACGGUACAAGCCAUCACAACUGAUCGACGUAAGUUCAUUUUUUUCUCUGAUAAGUUCAAAAAUUGAGGGUGAAAAAAAGUUUUUUUCUUUUUCAGAACUUUUUUUCAGAAACUUACUAUUUUACAAGGAAACUGUUUCUGAACCCCAGUUGAAAUUUAUUUCGUAAAAGUUUGAGGGUUUGUCGAUUAGAAAACUUAUGAAUUUUUCUUUUAAGCGUUCAUGCUGCCGCUGGUCGGACGAGGCGGUCGACAACAUGCCUUGCCGCAAGGAAGUCAGGUGACUCUGGUGAAGCCGUCGCGAGGCGGCGUCUACCUGCAGCUCGACGAGAGCACCAUCCUCGACGCCUCUGGGAGCAUUUUCGAUCAGAGCUACGGUGGGUUUUGGGAAACACUUCGGUUGAUACAGCUGGUCUAUUCUGUCCGACUUGAAAGGCGGUGUGAAAAAAAAUUCCGUGAUGCUUUCCUAUGGUGCAAAAAUGUUUUUCAUUUUUCUUGAAACGAUGAAAAAAGUGGUUUUCUAGUCAUUCUCAUUCGAAAUAUUCCAGUAGUACCUCCGCAACGACGGAUGCUUCCACCGAAGCCGUUCGCCUCUGAUGAAAUCAUUGAACUCGAUUAA